AUGUCAAAUAGGACGUUCUUUUAAACUUAGCAAGCUUAAUUGUAUAAUCUUGAAAGAUUGGCGUCCCCUAAAGAAAAAAAGACUUACCAACAGAAGUUAUAUAAUUAAGUAUUAGGGAAUGAAUAUAAGGAUGAGGUAAUUCCCCAAAGUAAAUACGUAAAGAAGUUAUAACUGAAGCCUUUGCUAAUUGAAAAAGAAAAUUCAUUAAGAAGGAUAAGAGAGACAGAUAUAAAACCUCAAGUGAGAUCUGAGGCAUAAAGAAAGCUAGAUAAUUUGUAAAGGAACUGCCUUGAUCUGAGUUUUAAAAUGCAUAAAAAUCUAAAUGAACUUUAAGUUGAAAGAGAUAGAGUGGAAUAGCUAAAUGAGAGUUUUGAUAAUCUGGUAGAUGAUCUCAAGGGGUUAGAAGGUAUAGAAGCAAAUGUAAUCUCAACUAUAUAUUAAUAUAAGAAACUUGAUAAGUAACAAAUGAUUGAAGAAUCAAAGUUUAUUACUUAAGAGUAUAAAUCGGGUGUUCGAGAUCCAGCAAGAAUCGUUGCGAGAAUGGAAAAGAGUACUACGAGUAAAAAGAAGUAUUAAAAAAGUAAAAGAUAAAUUGUUAUUUGA